UCGCGUCUGCGAAACUGACAACAAUCGGACCAGAAUGCUUGACACUGCCUAAGGUCGGUGUGCCAAAAAUUAUUGCGUUCAGUUCAAAGUUGUUUUCACCAUCUGGGAUUUGUUUCCAUUAUUCAGUGUGUUUUUCUGAUUUUUUACUCUGUAUUUUGCACAGUGUUUGUGUGUCGCUUAGUAAUCGACACACCUGGUUCGGUUUGAUCUAAAUUUGGACGUUGGUACUUCAAGAAAUCGGAAGAAAUAACUGCCGAUCGCUGGUGUGUUGAACACAGCAGUGUUAUUGUGGUUCUAUUUUCUUGUGUUAGGGCGGCUGUGACCCCCCCUGUGUGCUGCCUAUUGUGUGUAGGAAUAGUAAGAUAGAAAGAAGUGUGUUUUCCCCUGAAGGAUUAUUUCAUUACGCUAAUGUUGAAUUACAAGAUGCAGAGUUCGAGUGUUGGGAAGCACAGGUGUCUCUAGUAAUUCUUCAUAAGACUGGAUUUUAUCACAAAGGAUAUCUAAAGAUUUAUUCAAGUGUUUUAACUUAUUUCUAACAAUGGAGUACUCAAGGAUUUCUUUGGUUCUGGUACUGCUAGUGGCUGACCUAUACUCAGUGAUGUCCAGUUGGCAAGAAGAGUGGAAUCCCAAUUCUGUGAUUGCAAAUCUUGACAUCAACUCAGUGGAUGAGUUUCUGGGAGAAAAGGGCAAGGACAACAACUUCAAAAUUUUGUUAGUGGAAGGGGACGCCGCUUUCGUUGGUGCCAGGAAUCAUCUGUACUACAUUUCUUUAAGUAAUUUUACUGUAAUCUCUGACCUAACGUGGGAGUCAGAAAGUGUUGCAGCGAAUACGUGCAACAUAAGGGGGAAGACGGACUGUGGGAACCAUGUUCGUGUCUUGGUGAGGAAAGAAGAGAAUCUCCUGUACAUAUGCGGUACCAACUCCUACCAGCCCAAGUGCAGAUACUACGAAAUGAGGGACAACCAGUUUUUUAUGACACAGAAGUUGGAUAGAGUGACUGGUGAAGUGAAGGGUGGGGAAGAAGGAGGAACUGGUGUUUGUCCUUUUGAUCCCAAACACAACUCAACUGUUUUAUAUAGUGAUGGCAAGAUUUACUCAGCCACUGUGGCUGACUCGGAGUCCAGAGAUCCUCUGAUUCUCCAGAAGUUUACACAGAAGCCAUCGGCUGGUCAGACAACAGGGGAGGACUUUUUGGUCCGGACACAGCCCAGAGAUUCAAAGUUUUUGAAUGAGCCCAACUUUGUUAGUUCUUUUGACAUAGAUGACAAAGUAUUUUUCUUCUUUCGAGAAAUUGCUAUUGAGAAUAUCAACUGCGGAAAGGCUGUCUUCUCCCGUGUGGCUCGGGUAUGUAAACAAGACAGAGGGGGCCCAGUGAGGGCCCUUCAGAACACCUUUACUUCCUUCUUUAAAGCCCGGCUCAACUGCUCCAUCCCUGGAGAGUUCCCGUUCUACUUCAAUGAAUUGCAAGCUACAUCAGACUUUGGACAAGGGAACUACAAACCUACCAAAGACAGUGGUGACAGGUCCAAAAUGGUGUAUGGUGUUUUCACUACCCCAAUGAAUGGCAUCAAAGGAUCGGCUGUCUGCGCUUACAGGUAUUCAGAUAUCACUGAUGUUUUUAAGGGCAGGUUCAAAGGUCAAGCUACAUUCGCCCACAACUGGCUGCCUGUGGGUUGGGAGGAGACACCAAAAAUACACCCAGAACAGUGUACAAAUAACAGCCGUGAAGAUAUUCCCUACAAAAGUUUGAACUUUAUCAAGGGCCAUCCACUAAUGGAUGAGGCAGUCCCAUCUAGAGGUGGCAUGCCAAUGCUUGUCUUUACCAGCCUCAAGUCAAGGUUCACACAGAUCGCCAUAGACUGGCAGGUUUUGGCAGCAGACAAACAAUAUUAUGAUGUCAUGUUUGUUGGUACAGAUGAUGGGAGGGUGAUAAAGGCUAUCAACAAAGGUAAAGGCACAGAAGUGGAAUCUGUUGUCAUAGAGGACAUCCAGGUGCUGGAGCCUGGUACUUCUGUUGUUGGGCUCAAGCUGAUCAGUGACCGGUCACAGAGGUCAGAACCUAAGCUGGUUGUUGUGUCCAGGCACAAGAUAGUGUCCAUACCACUUCAUAGGUGUGCUCAGUCCACAACAUGCAGCUCAUGUGUGGCACUACAAGACCCUUAUUGUGCUUGGAGCCAGCAGUUGUCAGAGUGUAUUCAGUCUGAGACUGGCAUUCAGAGUAUAUCAACUGGAAAACACGAAAGCUGCAAAGAAGAGCCUCAAGUUCCCACCACCAUAGAGAGCCCUAUGGUCAUUCCAACCAAGUGCAGCUGUCCCACAAUUCACACACAAGAUUUAGAAAGCAACAAACAAAAUGAUGGCUCGCCACCAUUUUCAGGGGAAAAUACUGUAGAUAACAAAGAAGAUGAAGUCACAGACGUCGAUGAAAAGGGUCAGAUUGCAGCGGCUAAAAGUCUCCCAUUAGAAGGAACAGCUGUAGAAGUUGUAGUAGCGAUCGUUGUUGUGGCUGUCAUUGUGUCACUUGUUUUGGGAUUUUUCAUCGGAUUCAAAUUCCACUCGUGCCGAGCAUCUCGGGAUAACGACAACGUUUUCUACGAAGUGUCAUCUCUCCAGCGAGGGAGAAAUCGUCUCUCAUCCGGGGACAAUCCUUACUUCCACACUGACCAUAAGAACAUCACACCUAAACAGGUGAAUUAUGUCGUCAACAUGACCAAAAGUGGAAAAGUUAACUCCAGCGUUGAAUCUAAACCGGUAACAAAGUCCAGCAAAGUGUAUUUAUAGUUUCUCAUCUGACAAACUAAAGACUUACUCAAGAUGCUACCCACAUUCUGCUGUGGUCAGGUGGUCCUGUUCCGCCUGUUGUGUUUUACCAACAGCAGAUGCUGUUAGCCAACAUUUUAGAACCCAGUGGACCCAGGUCUUGAACAAUGUACUGCAACUGGUCAGUCAUGUGACCUGUCAAUGACAGUCUCUAGACCUGAGCUUGCCCUGGCUCACUUGUGGAUACUAUAAAUACUACACGCAACUUUUUUGGCUUCAACAAUGGCCAUUGUACUGGUCAGCACUUUUACUUUUACUAGGAGGCUGCUCUACAGCAGCAAGACCAGAAAUUUUCAAACAAUAUUUCUACAAGUUUAGAAUUAGUUCACUAUUUAUUUAGUUUCAUAGAAGAGAAUAGGACAGAUUCUGAGGGUAAAGACAAAUUGUUGAAUGUUUGCACCUCAUGAAGAUGGUGUAACAGUUGGUCGGUUUGAACUUGCCAAGUGAUAUUAAUUAUAAGAAUGAAGUUCUGUCAGUGUCAACUUUCAAACUAUAAUAUCUAUAAACCAGAAGUUUUCAGUACUAUCAUUCCAAAAUGUGUACACUAAAUUCACUGAAUUUUCCAGUGGGCUAUACAGUCAGGCAACUGUACUGAGCUGUCAAACAACUGACUGUAUAGUACCAACUGUACAGUUAGAUGACUUAACUCUGUGCUGUCAGGUGACUUAACCCUACAGUCAGAGGACUUAACUGCAGUCAAAUGACUUAACUCUGUGCUGUCAGACAAAUGACUGUAUGGUCCAACACUUAAGUUUGCAGUCAGAUGACUGAACUCUGCAGUCAAGACAUCUAAGCACAUAAUUUUCUAUGGUUGUGACUUUUUUCAGUCUGUAAAAACAUUCCACAACUUGGAGGUCCAGAAAGUUUUCCGCUCUGAGUUUUUUAUUUCCUGUAGCCAAAAAGCUUCUAUGUGUUUCAAAUGACUGGCCAUGUAGUGGUCAGGUGGGGUGAUGUGAGAGACUGACUGCUGGGAGUGAAUGAACAAACUGCUUUGUUUCACCUUUUAUUUUAAGAACUGUGAUGUUUAACAAAUGCUUAUAGCUGCUUUAUUUAGUUGAUAUUCUUUAAAAAACAAUUCCUUAAAACUAUAGUAUUUGUAAAAUAAUAAGUUUGAAAAAUUGAUAAUUCAGCUAACUUUCUACUUAAAUAUUUAUUUUUUUAUAAAACUUUCUAUGUGAAUUUAGUUUUAAAUUGUAAUUAGAAAAUGUGCUAGCUAUUAUUGAAUUUGCCUAGUACAAAGCAUAGAAUAUUUUCUAAAUGGUCCACAUUGUUGCUAUGAAAGGACACUUACCACCUGUUUUAUAAAACUAUAUACACCAAUGUCAAUACUUAUGCUAGCUGGAACCAUAAUUAUACCAACGAUACUCCACCUAUUUUUGACAUCAUGUGAUAAUCAUGAAAUGAAUAAUUAAGCUAAUAAUUACGUACUUACCACCUAACUAGGAUAAGUCCUGGUUUCUGUUUCAUAUUUCUACUAUGCAAAAUGCACUGUAUUAAAACAUCUUUGUGUUUUUGUAUUUUAAUGAAUAACCAAAGUAAAUAUAAAUAAUCAAAUUCCUUGGUUUGUAGACCCCAUUUUUUAAGCACAUUUACAUGUAUUUUAUAUAAAUAUAUUUAUAUGUAUUAUAUAUACAUAUAUUUAUAUAGUGUAUUCAUAGAGGACAAGCUGCUUUAAUAUUUUCCCUGUAAUUGUGUAACAAAAUAUUUUAUUAGACCAAAGUUACUGUAAACAACUGACACUUUGUUAAAAUAGAUGAUGUAUUGAACACAUGUUCUAUAUUGUCAUAAAUGGCUGCAUAUAAACAAAAUAUUUUUCUCUAUAUAAGUAAGGAAUUCUAUACAUAAUUAUUUCUAAAAAUGUCAGUCGUUUUAAUGUAUAAACAAAAUAACUUUUGUAGAUUCCUUUUGAUUUGAUUAGGGUGUAAAGACUAUUUCUUCUAGAAGUAAAUUCUGCAACAUUGUUUUUAUUGUUUUAUGUUCUAAUUAUUGUAUACAAAUAAUGGCAGGUGUAGAAGAGACUGGCAUAAUUUUGUGUUCUUGUUGUAACUAUUUUUUUUUUGUUCAACUUGCUGUCAGUAUCAGGUCGAAUCAAUACUUGAGUCAUGUUUUAUUUCCUAGUAGUUUAGUUAGAAUAAACUGUUCAACCAUGUUGACUAACAAGCUGUGCAACAGCUGGUUCUGUCAGCCAAUGUAGAAAUCAAAAGCUAAACAUUUUUAGACUGCUGUGACUAAUCAAAAUAAAAUUUCAACCUUUGAAUGAAUUUCUAGCUAAAUACUGACGCCAUCAACUACUGCUGUACAUAGUUUGAAUGUGUCCCACCGCAGCCAUUGUUCUGUUACUGAAUGUUACUGGUCUUCCAUUGUUAGCUCUGAAACCAAAUCAGUAUGGAUGAUAUUCAUUGAAGUUUUGCACAAACAUUUUCUAUAUAAAGUUUAUAAAUAUAUAUAUAUAUAAGCUGUAAUAGCUAUAGUGUAUAAAAAAGGCUUCCAUGCGUGUUUGUCAAGUGUGCUCACCUAAGGUUCAUGUUUUUAUUGUCCACUGCCACCCCUUCUUGCUUUUCUUUGCUUGUAUAAGUUACUGUGAUAUGAAUUUUUAUGUUCAAACAAUUACGUUGCCAUGGCAACUUAACACCAAGAUAUCUGCCCACUUCCCCGCCAGUGAAAACAUUUCUACAGCUGGUGAGUCACUUAAGUUCAGAUCAAUAAUUAAUUAGUUCAACCAAUCAAUUAAAGUUCUUAAGUAAUUUGUCUAUGUUUCUUUUCAAUACUUAAUGAGGUUUUGCCAAAUUGUUGAAGUGGUAGGCUCUAAUGUUGAUGAAGACGUGUUAGGUUUUGCCAAAAAUGUAAUUACACUUUGUUGUGGUUUGUUUGUGUGUUGAGGUGUGGUGUAGUUGCUUGUGAUGCGAGUGGUGAAGUGUGUUUGGUCUUGUGGUGGACUGGUUGAAUGCUUGCUUGACUGUGUUGAUCUAUUCAGAUGGUGUAGUUGUAUGAAAUAAUUAACUAUAACUAACGAUUAAACUCAUAAUAACAAAAA